AUGCUUUUCAGAUAUAGAGCUAAGCAGGUUUCGAACCAAUUUAGAAGAGAAUUUCAUGUUUGUAAACCACUUUAUGAUGAUUUUGAGACUGUUCACAUCCGCAAUACGAACCGAUUUAGGCAGUUGUUAAUGGAAAAGGGUGAUUUCAACACACAACAAGCCAAUGCUGUUGUAGAUAUAAUGUCUGACGCUUUACGUGGCGGCGUUACACAUGUGUCUCAGGAUCUUGCUUCCCGUGAGAAGUUGACAAAGUUGACCUAUCAACAACGAGUUGAUUUUGCCAAGUUGAAGGACCAGCUGUUAACAGCUGACCGGAGUGAGAUCCAUCUGAUCCACAGUGAACAAGAACGUAUUCGUAAUGACCUAGAGCAAUUAAGAAAUAAACUACGAGAAGAGAUAACUAAGGCUAACGCAGGAUUCAAGUUGGAUUUAUCUCUAGAGAAAGGUAGAAUAAGAGAAGAAGCGAGAAACCAUGAUUUGCAGAUCAAGGAAAUUGACACUCGAAUUGAUCAGGAAGUUAGCAAUAUGAAAAUGCAGAUAGAUUCUGUGAAAACCCAAGUUAUGCAAUGGCUUAUUGGUGUUUGUACUGGUACAUUUGCUUUGGUUCUAGCAUAUGUCAGACUGUUGAGUUGA